ACCUUUUCAUCUCAUCUCAAUUAACAAACCAACGCAUCUUCAUCUCUCUUUUUUUGUCCGCAAUCUCAAUGGCUCGUACAAAACAAACCGCUCGCAAAUCCACCGGAGGCAAAGCCCCAAGGAAACAACUCGCAACCAAAGCCGCCCGGAAAUCUGCUCCGGCCACCGGAGGAGUGAAGAAGCCUCACAGAUUCCGUCCAGGAACCGUUGCUUUAAGAGAGAUCAGGAAGUAUCAGAAGAGCACAGAGCUUCUCAUCAGGAAGCUUCCAUUCCAAAGACUGGUUCGUGAAAUUGCUCAGGAUUUCAAAACGGAUCUCCGAUUCCAAAGCAGUGCCGUUUCUGCUCUUCAAGAAGCCGCAGAAGCCUAUCUUGUUGGUUUGUUUGAAGACACUAACCUUUGUGCCAUUCACGCAAAGAGAGUUACUAUCAUGCCAAAGGAUAUUCAACUCGCUCGUAGAAUCAGAGGCGAGAGGGCUUAGGUUUUAAUUUCCAAGUUUCUCUGUUACGUAUGUUAGGGUUUGGUCAUCUGUUAUGAAUCUUAAUGUAAUGUUGUUAGAUCUACUAUGUGUUUGUUCAAGAUUUGAAUCUAAGCUUCUUUAAGAUAUAUUUUGCAUUCUUGGAUUCGUUGAUUAAAUCUGUGUCAUUUUGUUAUGAGUUUGGAGACAUACAAUAUUACCAUAGGGAAACUCUAAACGCACUACUAUUUAC